GGGAGCGUGGGGGCGGCGCCUCCGUUGCAAUGACACCAUUCAAUAUGGAGAAGCAAAUGUAGCCUGGUACUAAAACUUAGCCCGAUGCUUACCAUUCCUCGUUGAUUUCGAGUAAAUUUUAUGUCCAUUAGAAGUUACACGAAUAUCCGAACAUCUAUCUUCAAGACACGGUCAUAUGCUUUUGAAAUAUUGGUUGAUAAUGUACGUUGUGAAUGAGUGUUACCAAAUCCGUUAUGACAUUGAACUGAGAAACUACUGCAAGACUUGCAAACUGUCCACCCUACUACUAGUAGUAGAUAUUUAAACUUCGAAGAGCUGAUUUGACGUGGAUCUGAUAUCGCCGACGGUGUCUUUGUGACCCACGUUUUCAAGUUAGUGAAAAAGUGACGUUGAUCAAGUUCGUUUUGUGCCUAGAAUGCGUAAUGUGGCUAGUGCCUCAGUCUCUCUGGGUACUCUGGGUCUGCUGCGUCUCUUCGGAGUGUCCUGGUCAUGGAGUUUAGCCGCAGGCAUCGGGGUCUACCUCGGCACAAAAAGUUGGAAAUACUUCUACAUUGCCGCCCGCACUGCCAAACGGGAUAUGAAGGGCCUUUACGUGCUCUUGCGGGUGAAGAUGGCCCUGUGGCGGCACAUGCGUAACGGAAGCAACAUCCCCAGCAUCUUCGCCGAGACGGUCCACCUCUACCCAGACAAGCCUGCCCUAAUCUACGAGGCCACGGGUGAAACGUGGACCUUUACCCAACUGGACCAGAUUUCCAACUCCGUGGCCCAUUGGGCUCAAGGUCAGGGAUGGGUAUCCGGGGACGUGGUGGCCAUCUUCAUGGAGAGCAGGCCGCUACAGGUGGCCCUCUGGCUGGGCCUGGCCAAGGUGGGGGUGGAGGCGGCGCUCAUCAACUUCAACCUCCGCCGCGACGCCCUGCUGCACUGUGUGGGGGUGUCGGCGGCGAGGGGGAUCGUGUUCGGCGCUGAGCUCACUGACGCCAUGCUGGAGGUGAGCUCCUCUCUCGGCCAGUCCAUGACGCGCUUCUCCACCGGAGAGCUCGGCGCCGAACAUCUGGCCUCGCUGGGUGCCCAGGCCCUGGACCCCAUCCUGGCCUCGGCCUCCCCCCGCCCGCCUCCCCCCAGCCCGUCCCCUAAGGGCUUCAAUGAUCAACUGUUUUACAUUUAUACGUCCGGGACCACAGGGCUGCCCAAAGCUGCCAUCAUCGUACACAGUCGGUAUUACAGGAUUGCCGCGUUUGGAUAUUACGCUUUCGACAUACGUCCUGAUGACGUAAUUUAUGACUGCCUGCCCCUCUACCACUCGGCCGGUAACAUCAUGGGCGUCGGGCAGAGUCUGAUCAAUGGUGUGACCGUGGUCGUGAAGAGGAAGUUCUCUGCCAGCAAUUUCUGGGAUGACUGCAUCAAGUACAACUGCACUGUGGUGCAGUACAUCGGGGAGAUCUGCCGCUACCUGCUGUCCCAGCCCAUGCGGCCGUCGGAGAGCGGGCACCGCGUGCGCCUGGCCAUCGGCAACGGCCUGCGCCCCAACGUCUGGGAGGCCUUCACCGAGCGCUUUGGCGUGGCCAAGAUCGGCGAGUUCUACGGCGCCACGGAGUGCAACUGUAGCAUCGCCAACAUGGACGGCAAGGUGGGGGCGUGUGGGUUCAACAGCCGCAUCCUGCCCAACAUCUACCCCAUACGCCUGGUGAAGGUGGACGAGUUCACCAUGGAGCUGGUCCGCAGCAGCCAGGGACUGUGUGUGCCCUGUCGCCCCGGGGAGCCCGGGCUGCUGGUGGGCCGCAUCAACCAGCAGGACCCGCUGCGCCGCUUCGACGGCUACGCCAGCUCGGACGCCACGCGCAAGAAGAUCGCCCAGAACGUGUUCAAGAAAAACGACACCGCCUAUUUAUCAGGCGACGUGCUGGUGAUGGACGAGCUGGGCUACAUGUACUUCCGGGACCGCAGCGGGGACACGUUCCGCUGGCGCGGGGAGAACGUGUCCACCACGGAGGUGGAGGGCACGCUGAGCGGCCUCCUGGACCAGACGGACGUGGCCGUCUACGGGGUGUCUGUGCCAGGUGUGGAGGGUAAGGCAGGCAUGGCCGCCAUCGCAGACAGUGCCGGCAGUUUCAACUGUAAGACCUUCCUGAAGGAAGUUCAGCAGGCCCUGCCUCCAUAUGCCCGCCCGGUGUUUCUGCGAAUCUCGCCACAAGUGGAUACCACAGGUACUUUCAAGAUCCAGAAAACCAGGCUGCAGAAGGAAGGCUUCGACCCUCGCCUGACCACGGACCUGAUCUACUUUUUAAACUCCAGAGCGGGCCAUUAUCAACGCGUGGACGAGGAGCUGUACGGAGCGUUGUUGGAUGGGAGAAUGUCUCUAUGAGAUCCCGGAGCACUUCAGGGCCAACAGGCAGUCACAAUGUGCCGUCUUGUACUAGAAGUAGAAGGAGAGGAGAUGCAGGCUUGUCCUGCAUAUGCCUCCCAUGUCUUAUAUAGACCGCCAUCUGGGUAUUAAACGUUACUUUUUAUCAGGGAUCAUUUACCAGGAACCCAGGAUGAAACGGCUACUUCAGCUAUAGGCAGCAACGCAACGUGUUUGUUAUGUGUUUUUUAACACUGAAUUAAAACCAUUGUCUGAAGUAUGUUGUGCUCACACUAGAGACCUGACAGACACUUUGCUUGAUGCACAAAGUGAAUGUCCUGUAGGUCCUUUAACAGGAAAUGGGUUCAAUGAGACAUUUGUCUUCUUGGUGUGAAGGCUAGAGAAGACAAACCAUGCCUUUCGGAGGGUUGACUAUUUUUGAAAUGCUGCCAUAACAGGUUUUUGUAGAUAAAAGCAAUACUUGAGCAUCGUAUUUUGGACUUAAUAAUGUGCGUUUGUAUAACACUGAGGGAAGCAGGAGUCAAAAGCUGUUGCGUAUCCCCAAUUGAUCGAUUACUCUAAUAAUAGAUAUAGUGUUUUUUAACAUUUUAAUAUAAAACGACAGAAUUAAACCCACCUAACCUGUAUGAAAUACCUCCAAUUAUGUCUUGGCACAGGUCUUAAAAAAAAUGUUAUGUGUUUAAACUUUAUAAUAUAUUAAUUGGAAAUGUCUCUUUUUCUUCUGAAGAAAAGGAAAGCAUAUGGAUGUCAGUGAUAAUUCUUUAUUUGCAGAUUUGUCACCCUAAUCAUAUUGUCUUACCAUUAGGAUAACUUCAUAGGAAUAAAUAAAUACUUUAUUUUAUUCGGAUCUGGAUCAGAUUUGAAAUAGAUUUGUUGACUGAGUCAUAAUAAAUAUUUUAAAACCUAACCACCUGUGUGAAAU